UCGCCGUUGGGGGCGUACGAGAGGCUGUCCAAGCAGGGGGUGCUCCGGUGGGACGAGGCGCAGCACAGGGCCUUGAAGACCCUUAACGAGCUUCACGCCAAGCUCGUGGGAGACAUGGACGGGGGCGCCGCCGCGGCGAAGAGAAAGUCGGAGGCGCCGAAGAAGGAGGGGAGCUGGUUCACCGACCUGUUCACCGCCAGGGAGGAGGACGACGAGGGCGGAUACGCGUCCCACGGCGGCGUCUACCUCUUCGGCGGGCCCGGGUGCGGUAAGACUUUCUGCAUGGACCUCUUCUACGCCUCGUUGCCCGGAACCGACGGCAAGGAGAAGCGUCGCGAGCACUUUCACUCCUUCAUGCUGCACACGCACCAGACGCUUCACAAGCUUGGAAAAGCCGGGCACACCGAAGAUACGGUGGCUAUAUACGCGCAACGGGUGGCGAAGAAGACCAGGGUCCUGUGCCUGGACGAAUUUCAAGUCACGGACGUCGCGGACGCGAUGAUCAUUCGCCGUUUACUGGACCAGCUGUGGGAGCGGGGCGUGACAAUCGUGACGACGUCGAACAGGGAACCCGACGAGCUCUACAAAAACGGGCUCAACCGCGUGCAAUUCCUCCCUUGCAUCGAGGCCAUCAAGGCACGAUGCGUGGUGCACCCGAUGGAGAGCGUGCGGGACUACAGGCUCACGGGGCGGGGGAUCGCGGGGGAGGAUACCACGGGGGGUGAGAGCGGCGGGUUCAAGGGCACGUGGCGGGUCCGAAGGGAAGGGGAGUCUCACGAGGAGGGUGAGCGCUGGCUCGAGCGGCGCCUCCAGCCCAUGGGCGGGCGGCGGAUCCAGGUCCCCAGGGCGGGCGGCGGCGUCGCGCUGUUCCGCUUCGACGAGGUCUGCGCGUCCGCGAUGGGAGCCGGGGACUACACCGCCGUGGCUUCAACGUUUCACACCGUCGGUCUAUCCCGGGUCCCUCGGAUGACCAUCGAGCGAGUGGACCUGAUGCGCCGGUUCAUCACGUUCAUCGACGUCAUGUACGAGCACAAGGUGAAGCUGUUGGCUUGCGCGCCGACGUCCCCGGCGACGCUGUUUGAAUCCAGCGGCGGC